AGGUUACUUCCCUUGUUAAUACUUUCGCCAUUUUACCUAUUUACAAACAGGCUGGGUUUUUUGGAAAUUCUUAGUAGACAACGUUGUUCUGAUUUCUUAUUUUUAGAAAUUAAGGAAGAACUAAUGCGCAAAAGACUAAAAGUUAUUUCGAAAUAUUUAAAUAUAUUAACUUCACCAACUAUGGCCAAACACGAGGUUCUCUCGCCGGGAGUCUCGGAUAAGGAUAUCAAUAUUGACGCCUUAGAAGUCGUUUAUAAAAGUGAUAAUUUUUUAUGUGUAAACAAGAAUUUCGAUGUAAAAAUCAACAGCAAUAACCCAAAUGACGUCACUGUUGAACACCAAGUUAGAAAACUAUUUCCACACCUUGUAGAUCCCAAAUGCACGCAUGGAUUCAGAUUUGUUCACAGACUUGACUAUGCAACCAGUGGCAUCUUGUGUCUGGCACUGAACAAACGUGCAGCAGGUCAUCUCUCUGCCAUGUUUAAGGCUCAACAAGUGACCAAGUAUUACCUUGCCCUAGUGCGAGGUUAUGUACACAAUGAGAGCACAUUGAUAGACAUAGCUAUUGGACCUCUGGUAGACCAGGAAUGGCCGGGCCGUAUGUGUGCUGUUGAUCACCCACAUUGCAGCGACCCCCGCCCCACUAAAACCCUUUUCAUGUGUCUGGAACGAGGGACUUACGAUGGACAGCCUGCAACCAAGGUUCUGCUAAAGCCUUUCACAGGCCGACAACAUCAAUUGCGUGUCCACUGUGACUACAUCGGCCACACCAUUGUUGGUGACUACACCUACAGCAAUCGCUGUGACACCACUCCGGAGCGGAUGAUGUUGCACUCAUACAAGCUUCAGGCCCAAACAACCAUUGAGAAUCUUGAUCUGCAGACUUCUGACCCUUUUGUGCCAGAUCUUGUGAAACCAUGGCAACCUGUUGAGGUGGUCAGACCUAGUGAUGAAGCUUUGAAACUUGCACAGAAUUUUGACUUUAGUAAUGACCAGUCAGUGGGUGGUGGCUUGGACAUCAAACAUGUGACUUUGAAUCCUGACAAGACAUGCUGUCACUCAAAUAUAAAUGUGUGUACCUGAUUGAAAAUAUACGUAGUGUCUUUCAAAUUGUUUUAUUAUUUCAUAUGCUACAACAAUCAAAUGCAAUAAAGGCUUUCUUUCAAAACAAGAAGAAAUUCAAUGAUUACCGGUAUGAUGAACAUUAAUAGAAAAUUCAUUUUUCUGUGAUUUCUUCAUUAAAAGGGGAUGAUAGACAUAUUGAGAAUCUCAGGGUUGUGUGAACUUCACUAAAUCAGCUUAAUGGACCAUUUCUAGCUGUCAAUCGUAUCACCCAAUCAGAUACAACUUUAUCACUUCCAUUUUGUCUUACAAAGAGCAUCAUACAAUGUAGUAACAGAAUGAGCUUUAUAUGUAGGAUAAAUAGGUUGGCAGAGUUUAGGAUUAUUUUGCGAGAGGGUAAUUGUGUAAAAAACUUGUGAAUCAAUUUUCUUUGAUAGAAUCAGUACCUGAUUUCGACGCUAUUCAAUUUUUUAAAAGUCUUGUACAAAGCAAAGCAGACACUAUAACACGUUAUGUGGGCGGUACAUUUAGGGAAAAGUUUGCGUGUUACGUAAGACGAUGAAACAAAUCUGGUAAAAUCAAUGGAUAUAAGAAAUUUUCAAAAGGCUAAUAUGCUGAUGUUUAUAAAUUUUGGUCAGUUAUGUCAAUAUUGUUCUGUAAUUUAUGGGCUGCCAUCGUUAAAUUAACAAAGUGAAUCAUUUCUAAAAAUAGCUAGCUUGCAAAAAUUUCUGAAAAUUAGAAAAAUUACAGUAAAAGGGCCUGAAGACUGACCUUCUCCACUUCAAAAUGUCAAUGGAUUUACAAAAUUACAAAAAUGACCUCGCAAAACUUAGAAAAAACACGUACCUUCCGGCUCAUGACAGAAAACUAUAGCCCGACUAGUUAUAAAUUAAAUUUAGAUAAUUUUACUAUUCAGAGCUAGCUCUGCAUGUAAGCUACAGACACACACAAUUUCAACAUAAUACCUCCAUCCAAACUAGUAAGAGUUAUUUAGCAGAAACAGUUUUUUCUCACAUAACAGUGACCCUAAUCCAACUGGUCUAACAUACAAUCCCAAGCCAGGGCUUCAUGUUUAGGAAACGACAUAAACAAUCUCAGAACAAUACCUGAUACAAACUUGUGUUAUUGAGCGGAAGCAGUUUUUCUUUUUUAAUAAUGGUGGCCUUGAUCUUACCACCUCUGAUACCAAACAAACUCCAAAGUUAUGUAUAUAUAAGCAACAUACAUACAAAUUCUGUGUAUUCCUCAAAAGUUAUUCACCGGAAACCUUUUUUUAAAUUUAUAGUUUGUGACCUUGACACACUGGCCCCUAGCGCUAACUCUGCUAUUUCAGCAUUUAAUCUUAUCUACACACAUAAUAAAUGCCAUACCUCCAACCAAACUAAAGUAAUUGAGCUUUGACCCUUUCUAUCUUUUGUAAUAGUGCCCUUUGUUUCACUGACACGCUGCAAGGAGACACUUCUUAUCUAGGUCUCCAUGCAAGCUUACUAUAUCUUUAGUCUCAUCAAGAUGCAAACUAAAUAAACUACCGGGUAACUAAAUAUAUUGACUUUAACCCACCUGUUUACCCCCCCCCCCCCCACACACACACACACGCACACCUGCAUAGCAUAUGCAAACUAACAACAAUGAAGGAUUUUCAACUUCUUUUAAUACAUUGGUAAUAAACCAAAACAGUGAAAAAUAUAAUUUUUAUUUUCAGUACCAAGCAAAUAACAAAACAAAAUUCCCUCUAAUUUAUAUCACAUUCUGGCUAACACAAAUGCUUUCAGUGCACAAUCAAAGAAGGAAACUCAAAAUCAUCAAGUGCAAAUUUUGUAUCAACUGCUUGAACAGACUAUAAAUUCAAAAAUGUAUUCAAAAGUUAUUUACUGUUUUUUAUUGCAAAUAUGUAAAAGGAAAAUCAUUAUCUGUUAGUUUUCUCCACAUUACAUGACUGUAUCAUGUAUUGUAAAUUCAAUUCCACUUACCGUAAUAGAUAUAUUUCAAAUUUAUUUUUAGAAAUAUGGAUGUCCAGAUCUGUAAUAAUUAAAAAUAUGAUGAAAACGAUUUUCAUAAAUUAUUUUCACUCACAACAAUAAAAUGGGACAUAAACAAUAGAUUAAGUUGAAAUACAGUUAUUAUUUGAUAUACAGUAAGACAUACAUCUUGGAUACCAUGUUGUUAUGCUCUUGGCUUGAUGCGAUUCUUUUUAUGAAUGUGAGAUUAUAUUUAAGAUCUACCCAAGUAA